UCAAGCAUCGCGUUUCGUAACUGGCCUGCCGAUACCUUUCUCGACGCUGGCCACUCCAUUAUAAAGACUACGACUACCGAUGCAUCUUGCACUUUCCUCACGUGGUAUUCCGUUUAACCGCAGUCCUUGCUAAACUAUGUGAAAAGUGUCCAAAAAUAUAUCGAAAUUACUUUAACGAUUUAUGUCAAACAAUCACAAAAGGCGUCCGCUAAUCAGCCACUAAUUAUUUCUCAAUUCGCACCUAAAACUGGAUUCACUCUUCAUCAAAAAUGAUCGACGAACAGCAUCCAAUGCAAAUUGGUUUGUUUCCAAUGGACAUCAAAUGUCAACAGCAACAGCAGCAGCAACUACAACAUCAACAGCAGCAACAGCAACAACAACAGCAGCAUCAGCAACAUGUAGCUGGAGCAGGACAUGCGAUGUGCCCCAUUGCAAUAGGGCACAAUCAACUGCUGUUGAACGGAAAUGAGCGCAUGUUAACAACACCAACAGCAACACAAACAACAGCAGCAACAACAGUAACACCAAAUGGCAACUGUCAAGCAGCAAGCAAAGCAGCAGCAGCAACAACAACAACUGGAGGUGGAGGAGGCGCUGCGGCAGCCGGUGAAGGUGACAAAAUGGCGUCAGCGAGCCAGAAUGUCAACGGAAGUUGUAUGAACCACAACAGCAGCAUGGCCACUGCACACCAGCAACAACAACAGCAGCAACAGCAAGCCAUGUCUAUGGCCAGACAGGGACUGGGACCUGGACCACCAAUGCAAAUGCCGCCUGGCCGCAUUGCCUUGGGCAAGUGUAGUCUCAACGAGCUGGAUGGUUACUCCACAGCCACUUCGACAUCCACAUCCACAUCGACACCCACAACUGCAUCCACAACCGCAUCGCACACACCGCAAGCGCCUCAAAUGCUGCAACAGCAUCACUCGGCUGUGGCAGCAAUGGGAGUGAUGGGCAUCGAUGUGGGGUUGGCUGGCGUGGGCAUGGCUGGUCUGGCUGUCAACCACUGCGCCUAUUGCUGCCAGCCAAUUUGUGAUCGUUACAUAAUGCGUGUCGCGGACAACUCCUUCCACGAGGGUUGCCUCAAGUGCACCGCCUGCUCCAUGCACCUCGUGCACUCCUGCUAUGCACGCGAUGGCAAACUCUACUGUCGUAUCGACUAUGAAAGACUCUACUUACGCAAUCGUUGCCUUGGCUGUGGCCAUAAAAUCGCCGCCGAUGAGCUGGUCAUGCGCUCCCAGGAGAGCAUCUUCCAUCUCAAGUGCUUUGCCUGCGUCGUCUGCGGCGCACUCCUGAAGAAGGGCGAGCAAUAUGUGGUGAAGCAGGGUCAGCUCUUUUGUCGCUUCGACUACGAGAAGGAGGUGGAAAUGUUGCAGGGUUACGAUUUUUAUGGCGAUGAAAUGUUUCCACCGAAACUGGAUGGACGACGAGGACCCAAAAGACCGCGAACUAUACUCAACACGCAGCAGCGUCGUGCCUUCAAGGCAUCCUUUGAAGUGUCGCCGAAACCGUGUCGCAAGGUUCGAGAAAACUUGGCGAAGGAUACCGGCUUGAGCUUGAGAAUUGUGCAGGUGUGGUUCCAGAAUCAACGUGCCAAAGUUAAGAAGAUACAAAAGAAGGCGAAGCAGGAACCGCCAGCGAAGGGAGUCAGCGAUUCGCACUCACAGGACUCUCAGGAGUCACAGGACAGUACUCUGACAACCAAGAUUAAGGACGAGGCGCACAGCGACAGCGAGUCACAGCAAGAAUCGCCUUUUUCUUCAACAUCCGAAGGAAUGUCAAGGCUACGCUGCAACGUCAAGGACGAACAGGAGCAGGGAUCACUCAGCUGCAUGGAAACCAACAAGGAAAACUGCAAUAAGAAUAACGAGCCGAUACUCAAUACGAUACUGGGCUUGAGCUAUGCAACGUUUCAGCAGCUGAUGGGACCUUUCACGCAAACGCCGAUGAUCAAUCCGAUCGAUCGAUUAUACAGCAUGCAGAGCUCUUACUUUCGACCCGAGGAACUGGGCGCCUAUGGCGAAUGCGGUGGUGGAGGCGGCAAGGACUCAAUGGAGCAUUAACUUGGCUCUGUCUGAACAGAAUUUUAAGCCCAAAAUCAAAAUUAGAAGUUGUAAAAUAAACAAAACAAAAAAAUGUUAAUGUGCUUGCGUUGACCUCGUUGCUUGACCGGCAAAACAAAAACAA